GCGCCGAGGAUCCGGGCCAUGGUGGGGAUCCCGGGGAGCUGCCAGUUUGCUGGUGAGAAGAGGGUGCCAGUGAUGCCCGGAUCGCCCGUGGAAGUGAAGAUACAGUCCAGGUCCUCUCCUCCCAACAUGCCACCGCUGCCCCCCGUCAACCCCGGCGGCCCCCGGCCCGUGUCCUUCACUCCGACUGCACUGCCCAACGGAAUAAACCAUUCCCCCCCGACACUGAACGGGGCCCCAUCCCCACCCCAGAGGUUCAGCAACGGCCCUUCCUCAUCUUCCUCCUCCUCACUGACCAACCAACAGCUCCCAGCCACAUGUGGAGCCCGGCAGCUCAGCAAGCUGAAGCGCUUCCUCACCACCCUACAGCAGUUUGGGAAUGACAUUUCACCAGAGAUUGGGGAGAAGGUCCGGACCCUCGUUCUGGCACUCGUGAACUCAACGGUGACAAUCGAGGAAUUUCACUGCAAGCUGCAAGAGGCGACCAACUUCCCCCUCCGGCCGUUUGUGAUCCCCUUCCUGAAGGCCAACCUCCCUCUGCUGCAGCGGGAGCUGCUGCACUGUGCCCGCGCUGCCAAGCAAACGCCCUCCCAGUACCUGGCACAGCACGAGCACAUCCUGCUCAACACCAGCACCACAUCUCCUGCUGACUCCUCCGAGCUGCUCAUUGAGGUCAACGGCAAUGGCAAGAGGCACAGUCCAGACAGGAGGGAGGACAGCAGCUUUGAGAGGGAGCCACUGCCAACAGAGCCUCCGGCCAAAAGGGUUUGCACCAUCAGCCCCGCGCCCCGGCACAGCCCUGCCCUCACCAUCCCCCUGAUGAACACCAGUGGGCAGUUCCACCCCACCCCACCACCCCUCCAGCACUACACCUUGGAAGAUAUUGCCACCUCCCACCUCUACAGGGACCCAAGCAAGAUGUUGGAGCACAGAGAGAUCCGGGAAAGGCACGGCGGGCUGGGAUUGAAUGGAGGCUACCAGGACGAGCUGGUGGAUCACCGCCUGACUGAGAGGGAGUGGGCGGAUGAGUGGAAGCAUCUCGAUCAUGCCCUGAACUGCAUCAUGGAGAUGGUGGAGAAGACGCGGCGCUCCAUGGCGGUGCUGCGGCGCUGCCAGGAGGCCGACAGGGAGGAACUCAACUACUGGAAGCGGCGCUGCUCCGAGACGGCCGAGCCGCGCAAGGCGGGCGCCGAGCUGCUGAGCCGCCAGCACAGCCCUGCCAGCGCCGACUCCGUGGGCAGCGAUUCCCUGCGGGAGUUCAGCAGCAGGUCGGGACCAGGCUACGUCACGGAGGAGAUUUGGAAAAAAGCCGAAGAAGCUGUGAACGAGGUGAAGCGCCAGGCCAUGUCGGAGGUGCAGAAGGCGGUGGCCGAGGCGGAGCAGAAGGCGUUUGAGAUGAUCGCGUCGGAGCGCGCGCGCAUGGAGCAGACCAUCGCCGACGCCAAGCGCCAGGCCACCGAGGAUGCCUUCCUCGUCAUCAACGAGCAGGAGGAGUCCACCGAGAGCUGCUGGAACUGCGGCCGCAAGGCCAGCGAGACGUGCAGCGGCUGCAACAUCGCCCGGUACUGCGGCUCCUUCUGCCAGCACAAGGACUGGGAGAGGCACCACCGCAUCUGUGGGCAAGGCUUGCACGGCCAGAGCAAGCCCCUGGCCCUGCCCACGGGCCGGGUGGCAGCAGCAGCCAAGAGCCUCGAUGGCAUCCCCAGCCCAGCCCUGGAGAAGACCUCGGCCACCACGUCGCGCUCCUCCACGCCGGCAUCUGUGACAGCCAUAGACACGAACGGACUCUAGGAGGGAGGGUUUGCUUCGCUCCACUGGAUGAGUUCCCUGGGGUUUUUUAAGCUGAGAACCCCCCACAGCAGCUGUUAUCACUUGACAUAUUUGACACAUCGCGCCGCCCCUCGGAGCGCUGAUGCUCUGGCUUUGCCCUCUCACCCUGUCUUUUCCUUUGUGGCUCGUGAAGGGGGCUGAGCCUCGCCUGCAGCAUCUCUCUGCUCCUGUCAGGGGGACACCAGAGCAUUGUCAGGACCUGGGGGCCACUGGGCACCCACCUGGGGAACCUGGCACACACUGGAGACGCUGAGACUGUGGUGCCCAUGAUGCUGAGACUGUGGUGCCCAUGCAGGGAGCCCUGUCCUUGUGGCAUGCUCAGGCUCGCUUCCCAAGGCUUCAGAGCCACCACUGCCUCAUCCUGCCACCUUUCCUCCAUGGUAUCCAAUGUUUGUUCCCUCCUCCCAGACAGCUGUGCCUGAGGUGACUGUGCAGGGCAGUUGUUGUGAACAGACCAGAGCCAGUUUCUCAGUGGGAGCAUCUCAUCCUCUGUGCAAUGGCAAAAGCUGAGCCCACUUCUGCCUCCAGGCUGGCAGCUGAGGGUUGCAGAGGGGGAGGAGAGGAUUUGUCUGCUCUAAAACAAGUGGCAGUGGCAGGGAGGUACUGCUGGAUGGCUGGAUUUCAUCCCGGUCUGUGGUGAGACAGACAGUUGGGUGUUUCCUGGGUGGGCCCUGUGCUGGGGGAACAUGUGCAGAGCAGAUCUGGGCUGGGUGCAGGUGCCCUUUCCACCUGGGGGCCGUUGUUUUGUUUUUUCACUGCCUGGAAGCUGCUGGUUUGUGAGUUCCUGCUGUUGUUUUUGAGCCCAGGCGUCCUCACUGGUGCGAGAGGUUGUUUACAGCCUAUACUCUCCCCACACAUCAGCCACACCAGUAAAAGAAAGGCAGGGCUGGGUGUCCUGUGGCAAUUCUUAUCCCCAGCUCCCGGGAGUUCCUUCAGUGCUUCGUCCAGGGAUGUGCAUCCACCUUUGGAGAUUGUCCCAAAAACGGGCUCGGAGCAAGGUGGGGAUGGGGGCCAGCCUGGGGACGUGUGUCCAUCGCAGAGUCCCCGCUGUGCUGUGCGGGGAGGGACUGCAGGGACUGAGGCUGUGCAGGGGCUGGCACUGACACAGCCCCUGGGAGGGAGGGCACGGGCCCUCCAGGAGCUGCUCCCAACUCCCACAGCCACGCUCAGAGGCUCUGGAAAUGCAUCUCUUCAGCAGAGCCCUGCUUCCCUGACUGUGUGUGUGCCACUGCUGGCCUGGAGCACAAUGAGUCGAGUAACUCCCAGGUUCUUUUGGAUCACUUCUUCAAUUGGAGGUGAAUAAUGCAGCUGUAAUGAGUGGUCACUCCGGGUGAGCAGGGGAUCUGCUGCUCCAGCCCUGGCCCCUCAGGAAAGCUCCUUGGGAAGCUGCUGUUGUGGGAUAGAGCUGCUGAUUCCCUGUCUGCAAGGUUUUAUUAAAAAGCCACGAGGUCUCCUGGUGUUGAAGACAGCUCCGGUGGCCCUGGGGAUGUCUCCCCCGUGUCCCCAGGAGUGGGUGCUGGAGCCCAGCACAGGCACUGGCGUUGAGGCAGCUCCCAGUGGGGGUGACACUGGAGCCACCCUGACCUGCAGCAGCCCAUCCUAGGGGUGUUCAGGACAGUCAGGAAGGGAUUUCCUGCCCUAAGGGGACAGGGACACAUUUGGAAUAGCCCCAGGUCAAUCCCACAUCCCCUCCUCACCUGCAGCCCCAGCCUCACGCUGUGGGUCCGUGGUGACAGUGCCAGGGUGGGAAGGGAGAGCAGGGCAGGGCUGGAAGGAAUUGCUUGUAAAUAGAUUGUCUUCCAUAAUUCUCAUGCAACACUGAUGGCCGUGUAUUAAAAUUAACCCCAGUGUAAAUGAAUGAAAUACUAACAGUCAUUAUUAGAAUGAUUGCUUCUUUCUUUUUUGUUGGGCUUUUUUUAAAAGAUGGAAUGAUAAAUGUGAACUUGGGGUGUGGGAAGACAUUGGGUUGAGGUUUCUAUUUUUUUUGACAUUUAAUUCUGUAAUAGAAAUUUGUUACUUCAUUCCUGUGCAUAACUUAUUUAAUGUCCUGUAUAAAGGAACCCAAACUGUUACAGAUGUAUUUAGUUUGUUCUACUCAAAAGUAGUCAAUAAAAAGACUAUAUUCAUCCUCCAGCUCCCCCUUCUCUCUGGGAAGGUGCAGAGGUUUUCAGGAGUGCUCAGGCAGCUUUUUGGGGAAUGCUGCCACACCUUGACCUUGGCCAUGGGACUUCUAGGAACAAAAAUUGCUUCCCCUGUGGUGGUGAUGCAGUGGGCAAAGCCUGGGAGCAAGUGCAGGCAGAGCUGGAGUUCAGCCCUAUCCUCAGUGAUUUUUUUAAGUUUAUAGUUCAGUGUGUUGUUUUAUGAGCAUUGUUUUUAAUUAUCUUUUUUUUUAUGUGAGCACAGAGCAGCCUGCAGGGUCACAGCUGUCACAGCUGGCUGCCACUGCCAGCUCUGUGCCCCCCAGGGAUGCCCUCUGCCCACACCUCGGCUUAAUCUGAGAAUUUUGGUCUCCAGGCUUUUGCAAACAUUAAUCCAGUGGUGAAGAAACCCGAACCAGAGGGAGUAAACCCCACAGGGAGCUGGGGAGGCAGCUCAGGAAUCCCAAACUUAUGCCUGCUGCAGCCCUGCCUCUGUGGCUGCCCCAGUGCCCCUCUCUAGCCCAACCUGGCUGUGCCCUGGCACAACUCGUCCUUUCCUGAUGGCCCUCGGUGCUGCUGUGGCUCCAGCACAUCCCUGAGUCCCUUGUUUGUCACUUCCAGGGGUGGCAAUGUGGCCCUGGGCCCAGCAGCUGCCCCUGCACAGGGCUGAGCCACUUCUGCUGUCCUGUGAUGGCAGCAACUCCUGGCUUUGGCCAGGGAUAGUAGCAGGUAUUGAUAAUCAAGUAAACAACUGGUGCUUGGAGGAUGGGAAGAGGGACAGGCUCUGCCACUCCAUCCCUGGAAGGGGCAUCUGUGGUUUGGGUCCUGCCCUGGGCUGGGCUGGCAGCAGCUGCUGCUCUUCUCCAGCCAGGAGCUUCCCUGAUCCCAUCUCUGCAGGUUGUCCCUGGCAUCAGCCAAGUCACUCCCUGGCACCCCAAACCCAGGCAGCUUCUGCUGGAGCAAACCAAGAAAAAACCCAGAGACCCCUCUUGUGCUGUCACCCCCUGGGGCCAGGGGUGACACCGUGUCAGACCCACCCAGCACAGAGUGUAUGAGGG